CCAAGUGUUCGGAGGGAGAAUGCCCCAGAACCCUCGAGAGUCAAGACCCAAAGCUUCAAGGCGAUAAGGAGGGCAUCGUCGCCGGCGAAGGAGAGAGAUCCGGCGAUCGCCGCCGGUAUGGAGGAGGACAAGGGGGGAAGUACUGCGGCAAUGGAGGUGGAGGAUGCCGGUGGUGUGCCGGCGGGCAGUGGUGACGCAUGGGAACUGCUUUCAAUGGCUCGGCAGCUCGUUGGUGAGGGAAAGGCCUCUCUUGCACUUCAAGCGGUAGUAAUGGCCAUGAAAUCUGAGGGCGGACAACAGGCUGUUUUCGAGACACUGCACCGUGCUCGUGAGCUUUACAGAAGCAGACUCCAAGCGAAUGCUGCAGCAGACGAACUAGCCUCAUUGUUUGCAGAGUGUGCCAUAGCCGAAGCCAAACCUGCGGCUUCCAACCCCCCACCAUCAAACAUGGUCAGGGCAUCAUUACAUUUACAAGAAUCUGCCGAUAACUCCAUACUAGCAAUGAGUGGUCGAAAGCAGAUCAUGCUUGAUGCCUUCGCCGACGGAAGCAGUUUCAUUUGUUUGCAAUGCGGCGGUCUCGUCAGUAAUCUUCGCAAGGAUGAACAUCAAGCUUACUGGUGUGACUAAAAUACUCUUUGUUGCUGUAUAGCUAUUUCAAACUUUUUGUACUGAUUUGAUUUCCUUACAAACAAUUUAACAAACUUUAUCUACUUUGUAAUUUUGCUGAUCC